AUGAACAAAGAAAGCAAGAACCAAAGAGAGAAAGUUUAUUGCACACCAAGCAAGGAGAGUAUAAGCCAAGAAAAUGCAUCUAUUGUGACGAAGAGAAUCACAAGGCAGCCGGCUGCAAAACGAUCAACAAGCUUGAGGAAAGAAGAAGGAUCGUUAGCGACAAAAAACUCUGCUUCAAUUGCACAGGAAGUGGUCAUAGAGCAUCGUGCUCCUUGGUGGGGUGGGCAGUUUGAGCGUUUGGUUGUUCUUGUUAAGCAAGCGAUGUGCAAGGCUAUUGGAAGAACUUUUUUAUCAUUUAGUGAGUUGGAGGAUGUAUUACUUGCUGUUGAACAAACUCUCAACAACAGGUCCUUAUCAUACGUCACAGAUGAUAUUCAACAAGAAAUUCUUACGCCCAACAGCUUGAUAUUUGGACAAAUCAAUCGAGUUCCAACUGAAGAAGAUAAGCACGAUGUCGAGAAAGGAGAUCUGCGGAAGAGGUUUAAAUUUAUUCAAAGAUGUAAGGAAGCUACAUGGCAGAGAUGGUCUCAAGAAUAUGUGAGAUCACUUCGAGAAAGACAUAACUUGAAGCACGAGCUGAAGAGAGCAGAACCAAAACCUGGAGAAGUCGUGAUGAUCAAGGGAGACAGAAAGAACAGAGGAAAAUGGACAAUUGGUGUCGUAACGAAUACCUUCGUUGGCAGAGACGGGAUUACAAGAGCGGUAGAACUACGAACGAGCAAGAACACCUUAGAACGAGCGGUUCAACAUCUCUAUCCCUUAGAACUUUCAUGCGACAUCGCACCGAAAAACGACAACGUAACGUCAACCUUGAAUGCUGAAGCGAACGAAUUUCGACCGAAACGAAAUGCAUCUGCUAAAGCGAGAGUUCAGAUUGAAAACCAAGCUGACUUCGAGAUGAAUCAGUAA